AUGAUCCUGAGUAACCCUGGUGCCUCGAUUGCAAUUGCCAAUCCCCGACAUCCAAGACCUCCAGUGGUCCUGUCGUUUCAGCGUUACAGCCAACACAGACAUCAGUCAGUUUAUGACAAAUGUUACGGUAACUGUAGAUGGACCUGGAAAGGCGGUCAAAAGCUCAUUGUCGAAUCGGAAAACGCGCCAGCCCUAGGCUCUUUUGCUUCUGGGGAAGAGAUGGGGCAAGGUAUUGAGCAACAGCAGACUCAUCGUUGUCCUUCGUUUCCAUCCGUCGUUGAUGUCAUGAAUCGGCAAAUUUCAAAGAUACCAAGUGUUUCGGUAAGUUGA